AUGACCAUAGCAGACCUGCAGUAUGUGAUACCUGCCUAUGGCCACUGGGAGGUGUGUGUGCAUGUGUGUCUGUCAGUCAGUUGAGCUGUGGGUAGAGUUGCAGUGUGCUCAGUGGGUCAGAGCCAGGUGCAGGGUGGGAAGGCCCCGUGAUCAGAUAUAAAUAGCUGGGGAGAUAUACAUAGGUGUGCUUUGGAAGCUUAGUGUGUUUGACCCACUGAAGAUUGUGAGGCCAUCGGAGAAACAGUCUGUUGACUGAAGGUAAACAGAAAACAAAAGCUGUGUUUUGAUAAGACAUAAUCCUCUGGGAGGUUUAAGGAUGGAAUGGUGUGGUGCAUGAAUGCCAUUGUUAAUCUGAAAUGGUGUGAUAUGGUGCCAUGUAAAUGUUGAAUUUUGAGUGGCCAUUGCAUGCUCAAUUUACAGUAAGUGGCCUGAUAACUGUAGAAUAAUAGCUGUUUUCAUCCUGAAAGUUUUAUCCACAAUUCCUUAUAAAGGCUGAUGUAGUUUUCAAUGUGCAAUACCCAACACUACAGCCACAAUUAUAAUGCAUUGUUUAGCCUUUAUUAUGCAUCUAUCUACUGUCAUCAUCAAAGUCCCUGAUAACGCCAAUGCAGAGAACUGGGUCAGCUAUUUCAAGCAGAACACAACCAUUGAGCAUGUAAAUAUACUGUAACGUAUUCUCUCAUUUUCUAUGUAUGUGAUAUGAUAGUCAGCACAAACUCACAAAAAUUACAGUGUGCAACAUGGCUGCAAUGCUCUCCAGUUUUACGGUUGUCUAUUGUCUGUCUAAAUGUCUGUCGAGGUCCUGUUGGUAUUUGAGGCUGCUGGCUGGUCAUGUGUAUGGUCCCUGCCCUGGUAGGUAACAUGUUGCCCUUUUCAAAUACAAGUAGUUGAACAGAGAAUGAGAAUGAAGGUUCUUAACAUAAUGUCUCCCCAGCUCAAGUUAGUAGUUUCCUGGUGAGUUGACCCUUCCUGGAGUGACAGAUGAACUCAGAGACAGAGGCAGGAGAUAAGUUUGACCAAUCAGAAGAGGAUGAGGACACACAGUACAUGAUUGAACAGAGCCUUCUGAAAUACAACAAGCACAAAGGCUCACUCCCCAAGUAAGACCUCCCAAAUGGCAAAAUACCUACUGCUUUAUUCUGUGUAUACCACAUGGGUUAGCUGUGGAAUGGCCAAGUGAUUCAGUGUUUAUACAUAUAUUUCACCCAGUGAUCCUGCAGGCCCUGAAGGUGAUCCUGAUGAGAUAUUUACAGUGAUAAAGGAAGGUGAGCAUCAUUUUUUCCAUAUCUUAACUCCUUAAUGACCUCUGCUAUGUGCGAUCAUCACUUCUCCGGUCUCAUAGAUUGUCUGGCCCCUAUAUCAUGUGUGUGGAGUUGGGUCAGAGGUGGAAUAAGAUAAAGAGGGUUAUGACCCCUGUGCCAUAGAGGUUACAGCCAGUCUAUUGACUUUGGCGCUGUUCCAUUUCAGGGUACUGGAGGGCCCAGCAAUGAAUAACAGUUCUGGUCUUCGGAUGCAUCUCAAUAGUCUAAAUAUAAUUCCUCUACUUGUCUCAUCUCAUUACAGAAAGUGAAAACAAUAUGGUAGAUGUCUACCAGAACAUGUCUUUCACUUCUCCAGUUCAAACGAAUGGAAAGGACAGGAGAGAAAGCCAUGUCAGACUAUUGAGACUUACCCCCUACCUGUCCUCCUGUUCUGUUAGGUGAUGAGGAGGCCCUAACAAGGCUGGCUGAGCAACCAGGAGCCAUGUCCAGAGUAGACGACAGAGGAUGGAUCCCGCUACAUGAGGCCGCAGUACAGGAGAAGAAAAGUAUACUGGAGAUCAUCUUCUCAGGUACUGGUAUAGAGACAUAUCUCAAGGGACUUUCCUGCUAAAAUCUAGGUAGUAAUAUACAGGUCCAUGUGUCCAGCCUCCCCCCAGGGUGCAGAGCAGUGCCGGACUUUGAAGGGAGAGACACCUCUCUUCCUGGCUGUAGUGUGCGGUCUGAGGGAAAACGCUACGUUCCUGCUACAGAACGGAUGCUGUCCAGACCUCCAGAACGAUGACGAGGAAUCUCCACUCGUGGCAGGUAUUCAAAACGUAUCUUAGAUUUUCGUAGAUUUCGAUUUUUGUUUAUGGAGCACAACUUUAACCUUCUGCCAUUCUUCCUGCUCUGUCAACUAUUUCCUACAGCUAUAGUAAAUGACCAAUAUGAUUGUGCCUCGCUCCUGAUUCGCUGCAAUGCCAAGGUGGACCAAACAGGAGAUCUGGAGCGGACUGCCCUCCAUGAGGCCUCACUCCUGGGUCUGGACAAUUUUGUUUACCUGCUACUGCAGUCUGGAGCCGACCCAAACGCAAGGGAUGUUGACAAGUUGACCCCACUGGCACUGGCUGCAGAGACAGGGCACCUGAACGUAGUGGAGGUCCUGCUACAGAAAGGUGUGUGUGUCUGUGUGUGUGUGUGUCUGGACCAUAUGGAGUGACUAACUUUGCAUUUCUGUCUCUCCUCUCUAUCUUUCUCUCUCACUCUCUUUCUCCCCUCCUCUCUCUCUUGCUCUCUCUGUCACUCUGUCAGGAGCCAGCGUGCAGUCUCAGACAGAGGGCUCUUUGCUGUUUGAGGCGGUUGCAUCAGGGAAUCCUGACAUCAUCUCUCUGCUGCUGGACUAUGGGGCAGACCCCGACAUGCCCAACCACAGCGGGCACCUACCCAUCCACUGUGCUGCAUACCAUGGGCAUCUGCUGUGAGUGGAGAAACAUCUUUACUUUAUAUACCUCUUUUAUAUUUAUUUCUUUAUUUUUCUGCUGUUAGGAGGUACAGAUAUUGAAAGCUCUUCUCCUCUCUCUCCUCAGGGUGUUGGAACAGUUGAUCUCCGCAACAAAGAUGGAGGCAGUGAAGAAGAGUGGUAUGAGUCCCCUCCACUCUGCAGCUGCUGGGGGACACGCCCAGUGCCUGGAGGUCCUUCUCAAUGCAGGCUACGACCCCAACUUCAUGCUGCACCCACGCGUGCGCAAUAAAUACGAUGACGAACGCAGGUCGGCUCUUUACUUUGCUGUGUGGAACAACGAUGUCCAGUCUACCCGUCUGCUGCUGGAGGCUGAAGCCAUGGUCAACCAGGACCCUGUCAACUGUCUACAGGUGGCCCUGCGGCUGGGCAACUACGAGCUUAUAAACACUCUGCUGAGGUAGGAAUCAAACUCAGGUCAAAUCAUUUCAAAAUCUCAAUAUACUUUACAGUAAAACAUGUUAUGUGAGUGAGAUGAAUUAGCCUGUCGUAUGCAUUUUUGUUUACUGUGUACUGUUAAUGUAGGCAUAAUGGAUUUUGUUGGUCUUGUCAAUCAAUCAGGUACGGUGCCAACACCAACUACUAUUCUCGUGUCAACACAACACACUUCCCAUCGGCACUGCAGUAUGCACUGAAAGAUGAGGUCAUGCUGAGGAUGCUUCUCAACCACGGAUAUGACGUACAACGCUGCUUUGACUGUCCCUACGGAGACAGUUCCCAUGACUACACACCCUGGACGACCUCGGUCACCAAAGACAUGGUGGUUAGACACCUAGUGCUAAGGAGAAUCCAAACAUUAUGUGGUCAUUGUAAAUGUGGUUAUUACAAACUCUCUCUCUCUCUAUUUCUCUCUCUUUCUGUUUGUCUCUCUCUCUCCUUUUUUGUUUCUGUCUGUAGUUCUGUGAGGUGAUAACAGUCAAGUGGCUGAAACACAUCUCAGCACAGGUAGUGCGCAUCAUGCUGGACUACACAGACCACGUCACCCUCUGUGUCAAACUCAAGGAAUGCCUGAAGACACAGAAACAGUGGCCUGAGAUAUGCCAUAUCCAAGGUACGGUAAUGGAACUGCACUGCACAGAUUCCUUUUCACAAUAAUUAUUAUGUAAUUACCAUUUGACCAAAUUCCUGGUAAAUAAAGCAUGACCCUAAUGCCCCCUCAGAGAAUGUGCGCAGCCUGAAGCACCUGUGUCGGCUGCGUAUCCGGAACUGCCUGAGCCGUCUGCGUCUGCGAUCCCCAGCCUUCAUCAGCUUCAUGCCUCUCCCCACCAGGCUUAAGGACUACCUCCGAUACAGAGAGUACGACGUCUACAGCAGGGGCAGCCCUGACUGAUCAUAACAUAAAGGCACUCUCCAAGAAAGUUCAAGUUCAUUAUCAGUUGGUCUGGACCUUGUUUACUUUUGAAAGUGUGUGUCUCUUUAGGUCCUACUUGAGGAUGAACAAACAAGCAAUAUUCUCUCCCUUUUUUCCUACUCUGAAAGUAUGUUAUUUUUUAUUUAUUUUUAUUUAACCUUUAUUU